GGUGCCCGUUUAGAUCUUGAUGACAUUGAGAGAGGCCAAGGUCAUGCCGCUCGUAGAACAUCAGAUCCAAGAGAACAAUUUGUGGUAUACGAAAACGAGUGUGAGGUCCGCUUUGAACGAGUCCGCUUUGAACGACGCCGUGUGCCAAUAUUAAGCGUCGACGAAUCGACAAGAACCCAACCGGAAGCUAAUACUGUCCGACCGAGGUACCGACGUUGCCCAAGACCACCAAGCAACCCCAGAAAACCUAAAAUAGUUCCCGCUAGAUUUCCAACAAACCGACCUGUACCAUCCAACGGAAACUCACAAUCAAUUGCCACAAGUCCAGUUAAUCAAAUUGUUACAAAGAACGGUGGUUUGGAUUUUGGUGAAGCACCAAAACUCUGUAACCUAACCCAUCGGUUGACAACACCAUCACCCCCAGUAAACAAGAAGAUUAUGGAAGCCUUUUCCAACGAUCCUGUUGAAGAAACUGGUGAAACCAAUCCACUUGCCAAGUAUUUUUCAACGCGAGGAAAUACAUCAUCUACCUCAAAGGAAGCGGCUACUCCAACACCGUCACCCCCAGUAAACAAGAAGAUCUUGGAAGCCUUUUCCAACGAUCCUGUUGAAGAAACUGGUGAAACCAAUCCACUUGCCAAGUAUUUUUCAACGCGAGGAAAUACAUCAUCUACCUCAAAGGAAGCGGCUACUCCAACACCGUCACCAUCAGUAAACAAGAAGAUCUUCGAAGCCUUUUCCAACGAUCCUGUAGAAGCAACUGGUGAAACCAAUCCACUUGCCAAGUAUUUUUCAACGCGAGGAAAUACAUCAUCUACCUUAAAGGAAGCGGAUACUCCAACACCGUCACCAUCAGUAAACAAGAAGAUCUUGGAAGCCUUUUCCAACGAUCCUGUUGAAGAAACUGGUGAAACCAUUCCACUUGCCAAGUAUUUUUCAACGCGAGGAAAUACAUCAUCUACCUCAAAGGAAGCGGCUACUCCAACACCGUCACCAUCAGUAAACAAGAAGAUCUUGGAAGCCUUUUCCAACGAUCCUGUUGAAGCAACUGGUGUAACCAAUCCACUUGCCAAGUAUUUUUCGACACCAGCUCCGGAAGUUAAAACAACUGUUAAGGUUGAGAAGUUUGUUGAAGUUAAAGCACCAACUUCAACCCUUCCACCAGACGAAUACGUCGUUGAACAAGUUGUUGAAAACUUAGUUCAAGCAGUCGUUGAAGUUGGACCAACAUCACCGACUUCGACACCUUCACCAGACGAAAACAUCUUGAGGUCCGUUGCAAAAGAUUUAGUUCAAGCAGCUAUUGAGACCAGCAAAGAAGAGUUAAUAUCCGAGCAAAUAUCGCGUUUUGAUUCAUCUGCCUCUCAAGUUAAGAAGUUUGUAGAAGUUCAGGCGUUAUUAUUAAAAACGUCGACUUCGACCGUGCCACCAGACGAAUACACCUUGAGGGCCGUUGCUAAAGACCUAGUUCAAGCAAAUAUUAAAGCAAGUCAGGUGGAUUUAUUCUCCGAAGUAACAUUGUUAGACAGCUCCUCCUCAGAUCAGCCUUGUAAGAAUAAGAUGUCAAACAAUCAACACUCGUCGGCACACGAGUUCUUUGACAGCUUUGGUUCAUCCGAUUCCGGCACUGCACCCUUUCAUCGUGUUGACCACAGUUUCUUUACGCCUAACAAGAAUCAAACAUCGUUCACGGCCUUGCCACCAACAUCGAAUGCAGCCGAGCAACGUUUCGUAUCGCCAGCGACAAACGCUCAAAAUUUUGAGCCAGCAAAUCUGAGCGCGUAUGCACAUCCACGUCAAAAUGUAGGAGACCACGCCAUGUCGAUGCAAGAACCAUCAUAUGGGGCACAGGAGCGAUAUUCAACAGCUCAACUCUUUAGUGAAGCUGGUGCUUCAACUACUAAAGAAACACCUCAUGCCAAACAGCUCUCGGAUGCUGAGAACCAUGCAACAUUGACUCCACCAUCUUACGGGUCAAAUUUGCCAGAACAGUCUUCUGCCCAUACUGGAAACGACCUGUUUAACGUGGCAAAAUCAUCUACUCCUGGUGGUGGAACGUCACAGUUGUUUUCCGGGCAGCACCAGAAUGAUCCUUUCAAAGGUUUUAGUUCUAGUCAGGAGGAGAGCCGAAGAUUUCCUUCUUUUGUAGCAGGAGAUGGAGUGCCUGGUUUUUCGAUCAAUACCGAUGCACAACAUUCCUUUCAGCAUACAGAAGCAUCAGAGAAAGAACCUAAAGUAGGGAAAUGGCCUUUCGACCACAGUGAAUCGGCAGCAUCUCAAGUUGAACCACCUUCCAGUCGAGACCAAAACACCUACCAUGCAUCUUCAGCUCAAAACUUGCACGCACCGCCAUCGAGUUCAACUUUUCCUGAUUUCGACCAGAAAAAUUAUUCACUUGGGGACACAGCCACAGUAUCUUCUGAUUCAGCUAUGGCAUUCAGUGGUAUUCCUAGACCCAAUACCGUAUUGGGUAACCAGAGUAAGACUUCUGGCGAAACAUUACCAGGCCAAGACGUUGAAACUUACUAUCCAAUUGGAAAACAACCAGUUGAACUUGCCAGCAAUUUAUAUACCACUGAACGCAACGCUUUUCCAGCUGUUCAAUCUACAACUUCUGGCCUAUAUCCACCAGCAAUGGUGAAUGAUGCUAUUGACCAAGCCGCUGGUCCAUCGUCGCAGAGUGUAACGCCGGCUUUCUACCCACCAGGUUUAACAACCAGCAAACCAGUAGGUCAAAGCGGCUCCUUGUACCCACCGGGAAUGGAUCUUGGGGAAUCAAGCAAAUUUCCACCGUCCAAUAUCAAGCGUGAUGUAAACUCGGCACAUUUGCCUCCGCCAUCUUUAGAGAUGAUGAACACCACCAACAACAAUGUUGGUGAACGUUUGUCUCCUGGCCACAACCUUUUCCCAGCCACUAAACCUGCCGCUCCAAGUCAAGGGUUCUUUAUGGCAGACGGCCAAAAGUUCUUGGCACAGAAUCAAAUUCAUCUAUUUUCACAUGCUGGUGCUUGGACGUCAACAGAGGACCUAGCUGAGAACCAAUCUGCGGCACAGAAUUCCAUUCCAACAUCUUCAUCGUAUGCACCAAUGGCAGGCUAUCCUGGAGAAACCCAGUCGGCACAGAGGAAACUUGCUUCAUCCCUCACGUCUGACAAUGCCGUUAAUUCUGAAGCGUCUCAGCCUGGAUUUUCUAUAAACAACGAGGAAAAUAAUCAGGCUUUACGUUCAGACGUUGUACAACCUGAUACACCGCAGUUGGGACCAAGCAGCAUGGUACCUUUUACUAGUAAAGAACAACUGCCCAGUAACCAUCAAACAGCAUGGCAACCGGCUACUCAGCCAUUUGAUUCGCAGGCAUCAAGCGACGAUGUCAAGGCUGAACCAACUCAGUGGGACGCUAUUGAUCCUCACGGUACUCCACGGAAUACCCAACAAGCAUCAACAUUGCAACAAACAAGUGGACCAGUAAAUGUGGGUGAAAAGUCCAGCGGGAUUUUUUAUACUCACCCAUCGUCAAACGAUCAGUCAGCACAAUUUGGUAACCAUGGUGCUGGCACUAUCGGUUCAGCUAAUCUUGAAUCAAGUUUAGCCAAUUUGGACACCAUUACCGCUCGUGACGAUGAAUCUCGUGAUGGUAAUUCACUAUCAGGUCACCAGCAAGUUCCAGCAUUUGGUCACGAGCGAGUGAAUUCACUCAAUACAAGUGAUCCCAAACUUGAUACACCUCCGGCUAACACAAGCACCAUCAUCUCCAAUGAUGACCUAACAUCGGGCAACCAGCAAGCACUCUCCAGUCAACAUUUGGGUGCUUCGGUUACCAUGUUUCCUGUUGGUAUGACACCACAGAACACCAAUAAAGCAUCUAUUGCUUCGACCGAGACCAGAGGGAGUCAACAACUGGAUACCGUCGACCCGAACCAGCAUCCGUCGGCCUUUAUGCCAGUGAAGCCAAACUCCCGAGCUCCCAAGACUACGAAGAAAGAGUUCGGCACUUAG